AUGUUUGUCCAGCGAACUGCUUUCGCCCUUGCGAGGCGUGCUCCCGUGAAAGCCUUGUCGCGACGCUCUUUUACAUCGUCAAUUGUUCGCAGUUCGAAAUACGAUGUCAAGCCAGACCAGCCCCAGGGCAAAGUCAUCCCAUUUGAGGAAGUCAAAUCUGAGACCGAUCUUUUCGGCCCUGGUGCCGCUCCAGGCACCAUCCCCACGGAUAUUGAACAAGCCACCGGUUUGGAGCGAUUGGAACUUUUGGGAAAGAUGAAGGGCAUUGAUAUUUUCAAUAUGCAGCCAUUGGAUGCCUCAAGACUAGGAACUCUCGACAACCCCAUUAUGGUCAAGUCUGGUGGUCCUGAACAAUAUGUUGGCUGCACGGGUUAUCCAGCUGACUCCCAUACCGUCAUUUGGCUUACGGUCUCGCGUGACCGGCCGGUCGAGCGAUGCUCCGAAUGUGGCAAUUGCGUCAAGAUGGACUAUAUCGGCCCCAAGGAGGACGAUCACCACCACCACUCUGAGGUUUACGAGCCAAAGACGAUGGCUGACUAUGUGAAACCUGAAUAUUGGUAUAAAUAA